UCUUUUAUUACGUUUACAUUGAACCACCAUUGGCAGGCUUAACAAAAAUGGCCGACGAUCAAAAAAUUUGUUUACAAAACGUUGAAAAUUCCCAUGAACAUUUAAAAAUGUCAAAAUUAAGCUCUGUGAUUGGCAAUGCAAAUAGUUUUAAUAAUCCCGAUUCUUCAGAAGAAGUGAAUAAUGUAGGUGUUGAAAGUGAUUUUAAUACGAGUUGUGGUGAAAAUUUACAGCAGAACAUGCCUGCAGCAGACUCCAAGUUGGGUGAACCCGAACAUGUCUUUUGUCACGUAGGAGUGGAGCAGGGUCAUAAAACAUAUUUUUUCCAACCUGAAGCUAACGAUGAUGAUUAUGAAUUGUUCUCUGACACUGGUUCAAAGCGUUUAAAACUUCACAUCCCUCAAAACCACUACCAACACAACGGUAACAAUACAUUUUUUACUACCUCACCGACUGGGGAUACACAAAGUCCCGAUGGUAAACGAAAGCGGAUACAUCAUGAUUAUCGAAGAUUAUCAAGUUCUGGAUAUGUUGAUGAUUAUGAAAAUGGAAAAGAUAACAGAUUUACUUCUCCAACAGAUGCAGACAUUUUACCCAUUUCACCAGGAAGAAAAAGCGUUUCUCCGAGAACAAAAUCACCCGUAAAUAAUUCAAAAUUAAUUUAUCCGGAAUCUUCAGCAGAUUUUAAUAUUAAUUCUGACAAGUACUCUGUAGUUGCCCAAAAAGAAGAGAUUACUGCAUUAAGUGAGAGUUGCUUGCUGUCUGGGUCACUACCCAUCAACAAUGAAGUCCUUGCAGAACGAGAAGUCUCAGAUGCCACAGCCAACCAUAACCAAAAACACCAUCGCCAUCAUCGACACCAUAGUCAUACUUUGUCUUCUCAACAUAAGAAGCACUCAAGCAAGAAGCAUGAAAGUACCGGUGAUAAUUUGGAUGGAGAGCGAGAACUACUACAGAUUUCGCCUUUGAAAAUAGUAAUACGGGAUCCUCUGAAAGCAGCUUUGAAAUCCAAAUCCCAUUCAACAGCUAAGGAAGCUAAUGACAGUUUAAACCAUGGUGUAAAUAAUGAUGUUUCAGGGGCUACAAAUAUUCCUGAAUUAGGACCUGUUAAGUUUAUUACAAAUAAUUCAUAUGCAGAUGAUCAUUCUUUAGUAAAUAAUAGUUCUUUGAAUACCAACAUAGUAGAAUAUCAAAAAGCAAUAAACACUGUCCCAGCUGCUGUACCUGUAUGUUUAGAUACUUUACACAAUCAUACAGGCCCUGAGGAGCAAAGCCACACACAUGUUUGCCUUGAAGAGACUGAUCAAGCCUCUACCAAUGUAGUGAUCAAUCUUGAUCAAAAAAUGGUUUAUUUAGAAUCAAUUGUUAAAACUCUUGAUGACAAGUCCUUAAUUAAUUGUGAUCAUAUAACUGAGGUGAAAACAGAACUGGGUGACAGUACCAGUAGUUCUGAAACUCCCAAAGACAGUAAUCUUGGGAAAAGUAGUUCACUUGAUGCAGAUCAGCACACUGUUUCUUUUGAUGCUUGUGGGGCUAAAUCUAAAGAACUACAGGAUAACUUACAGCCUAAUUAUACUGCUGAUGUAAAUUGUGAUAUAAAAAAUGUAAAAAAGGUGAAACCAGAAUCAGGAUGUAAAUCUAAUACUGUAACUAGCAAUAGCAUAGAUAACAAGAAAGGUGACAUUAAAAAACCUGUAGCCCUAUCAUCAUCUGUGUCUUCUGUUUCUGACGCAUCAACCAAAACGUCUAGAGAAAAACCUGUUCCUUCACCCAACAAGCAUCAUUCAUCAAAAGAAAAACCUACGGUUUCAUCAUCAAGUACAACCAAAUCCCAUUCAUCAUCAUCAUCAACUAGUGUAAGUAAAUCAAGUUCACAUUCUCACCACAGUGACAGGCACAAAUCACAGCAAAGUAAAGAACAGCCUUCGCCUGCUAGAUCAUCCUCUCAUUCAUCAUCUAAAAGUGUCAACAAAGAUCUUAAACAUUCAUCUUCAAGAUCAUCCAAGUCCAGAGUAAACAGAGGAGUGCAAACAGAUCCUACAGAGUUAACUUCUGAGCCCACCAAACCACAAUGCCAAAUGAAUUAUAUGGAGAGUUUAUAUAGGUUAAAUAUGAAUUCAUCCUAUUUUCAAGACAUUAUAAAGCCACAGUUUAGGAAAUAUAUCCACAUUGAAAGGUAUACAAAUGGGGGGGCUUUUGUUCUUCACGCUUACCAUGAUGAGCUUGCAGACAUGGAUAGUGCCACCAUGGAGCAGUUUGUGGAUCACUAUUUUGAUUUGGUGUUUGGUGAAGUGAUGGAGGGAGAAAGUAGGUUUGUGAUGGGGAUAGUUCAUGGGGCAGCUAAACCAAUGCCUGACUUCCUGGAUUAUUUAGUCGAACAUUUCCCUAAUCUAACUGUGAAAACUGGGAACAAGGGAAAGUCAGAUAUUGAAACAACAACUAUAGAGAAAUUUAGAGAACAAAUUGAUCAAACCUACAAGGGUGGGGUGUUUCGUGGUGGAGGGUUGGAUCAGAUAAGUCUUGUAGGAACAGUAAAUGAGGAAGUUGGGGAUUUUUUCCCUGACUUUCUGGAUGAGCUGGAGUCUGAUCCUUUCAUUAGAGCUGUCACACCAUGGGGCCGCUUCUCUAAGGAGAAAAUGGAAUCUCGUAAAGAAAGUGAUGAUGGUCCUAUUUUGUGGACCCGGCCAGGAGAACAGAUGAUCCCCCCUGCUGAGCUGCCCAAAUCUCCUACUAAAAGGAAGCGCGGAGCCAAUGAAUUAAAAAACCUCCAUUAUUUACCUCGAGCUUCUGAACCCCGUGAGUUCCUCUUUGAAGAUCGUACAAGAUGUCAUGCAGAUCAUGUGGACCAUGGACCUGAGCGCCGUACAACCGCCGCAGUGGGCAUGUUGAAAGCUGUUUAUAAAAGGGGAGACAAUGAGGAAUAUAACCCACCAGAAGGAAGAAUUGUGAAAGAUGUUGUGUGCUUUCACCCUGGAGAUUUUGCUCAGCUCACUGACUUGUUGCAGUUGGAUUUACAUGAACCCCCUGUCUCACAGUGCAUUGCUUGGGUUGAAGAAGCUAAAUUGAACCAGCUGCGCAGAGAUGGGAUUCGUUAUGCACGUAUUGCCUUACGAGACAAUGAUAUUUAUUUUAUUCCUAGAAAUGUUAUUCACCAAUUUAGAUCUGUUUCUGCUGUCACAAGCAUCGCAUGGCAUAUCAGAUUAAAAAUUUACUAUAAACACCUAUUUGAAUGUGAAGCUGUCAAUAAGAAUGAAACCUGUGAUACACCAGAUGACUCUAAUUUAGAUCAUAGAAUAGAGGGCUCUACACUAGUGAAAAACUUAGUUUCACCUUCUAAGGAACAACGAAGUGCCGCUCACCCCUCUGCUCUUACCAAGUCUCCGGCUAAACUAGCCAACCCUGAAUCAGCUAUGACUGAAGUUUUCAAAUCUCCCCAAAAACAGAAACAUUCAGACAAGUCAAGCAAGGAUAAACAGAAAGUACCUCAGUUGGGGGACAAGGGUAGAGAAACAUCACACAUCAAAGUUGACAGUAGAGAAACAUCACACAUCAAAGUUGACAGUAAAGAAACAUCACACAUCAAAGUUGACAGUAGAGAAACAUCACACAUCAAAGUUGACAGUAGAGAAACAUCACACAUCAAAGUUGACAGUAAAGAAACAUCACACAUCAAAGUUGACAUUAGAGAAACAUCACACAACAAAGUUGACAGUAAAGAAACAUCACACAAUAAAGUUGACAAGCCACAAUCAAAAGCCGGCUCUGAGAAAGAGAACCAUAAAAAAAUGGAUACUAAGGUAUCAGCUGAAGGUGAAAGGUCAAGUCAGACUGGUAAACAAGUUGUUGAAAAGGUUAAGGACCCGGUGAAAUCAAGUCAUAAGGCAGCUCCAGCUAAUGAAAGCUCUAGAGCUGGUGGUAGUGGGGACAAAACUAAUGAACACACAGCCAAACCACACAAGCCACACAAAGCUGCUAAAAAUAAGGAUGAUAAAAAUAGUAGCAAGGAUGAUAAAAAUAGUAGCAAGGAUGAUAAAAAUAGCAAUAAAGAUUAUAAAAGCAGCAGUAAGGAUGAUAAAAGUAGCUGUAAAGUUGAUAAAAGCAGCAGUAAGGAUGAUAAAAGCAGUAAGGAUGAUAAAAGCAGCAGUAAGGAUGAUAAAAGCAGUAAGGAUGAUAAAAGCAGUAAGGAUGUUAAAAGCAGUAAGGAUGAUAAAAGCAGUAAGGAUGAUAAAAGCAGUAAGGAUGUUAAAAGCAGUAAGGAUGAUAAAAGCAGCAGUAAGGAUGAUAAAAGCAGCAGUAAGGAUGAUAAAAGUACCAGUAAAGUUGAUAAAAGUAGCAGCCGAAAGGAGAAGAAUGGCGUCAGUAAGGAUGAGUUAACACAUACACUCAGUAGUAGAGAUAAUUUGCUCAAACCAAGCAAAAGUAAUAGCAGUAGAAAUGACAAAAGCAGCAGUAAGGAUGAAAAAAGUAGUAGCAAGAAAGAUGAUAAAAGCAGAUGUAAGGAUGAGAAACUUAGCAGUAGAAAGGAUGAAAAAAGCAUCAGCCGUAAAGAUGUGAAAAGCUCCACCCUCAGUAACAGAGAAGACUCGUCCAAGCUAAGCUCCAAACACGAGCAUGUGAAAACAAGCAAAGAGCUCAAGUCUAAGGGCAGUAGCAAGGAUGAGAGAGCCAAGUUGGUCAACUACAGCAGCAGAGAUGGGCACUCAAAUCACAAGGCUAGCAGUGACAAACUUGUUUCAUCCAAAGUAGAUGGUCAGCCAAGUACUAAAGUAGAUGGUCAGCCAAGUACUAAAAUAGAUGGUCAGCCAAGUACUAAAAUAGAUGGUCAGCCAAGUACUAAAGUAGAUGGUCAGCCAAGUACUAAAAUAGAUGGUCAGCCAAGUACUAAAGUAGAUGGUCAGCCAAGUACUAAAGUAGAUGGUCAGCCAAGUACUAAAAUAGAUGGUCAGCCAAGUACUAAAGUAGAUGGUCAGCCAAGUACUAAAAUAGAUGGUCAGCCAAGUACUAAAGUAGAUGGUCAGCCAAGUACUAAAGUAGAUGGUCAGCCAAGUACUAAAGCAGAUGGUCAGCCAAGUACUAAAGCAGAUGGUACCAAAAUAGAUGGUAAAUCAAGCAGGAAACACAAUGGUUCAGAAAGUAAACACAGGAAUGAGAAAAAACUAAAGCUUGAUGUUUCAACAAAGUCUACUGAUACAACAAAAGGAGAGUUAGGGAGGUGUGACACAUCUGAUUCCAAGAAAAUUGAUGGGAAUCAAAUCAGUCAGACAUCUGAUUCCAAAAAAAUUGAUGAGAAUCAAAUGAGUCAACUGGUCAAGCCAUCAAAUAAUGUUGGUAUAGAAAAAGACAAUGUAGUCCACAAGCAUGUUGUGUUAGAGUUGGUCAGUGCAGAGUCAGGAGAGGCUGUACCAAGUGAUACAUUGGGACCUCAGCCCACUGCUAUACCAAGUGAUACGUUGGGGUUGGGACCUCAGCACACUACUAUACCAAGUGAUACGUUGGGGUUGGGACCUCAGCCCACUGCUAUACCAAGUGAUACGUUGGGGUUGGGACCUCAGCCCACUGCUAUACCCAGUGAUACGUUGGGACCUAAGCUCACUGUUAUACCAAGUGAUACGUUGGGACCUCAGCCCACUGAAACAAGUUCCAUUCUACCUAACGACUUGGCACAGAAUGACAGUCAUGCUCCAGUUGGCGUCACUUCCAUUGAUGGUGACACUUCAGUUGGUGUCACUUCCAUUGAAGGUGACACUCCAGUUGGUGUCACUUCCAUUGAUGGUGAAAACCAAACUCUGAUCUCAACUGGCCUUGAUAAGCAGACAAUUGUCCCAACUGGCCUUGAUAAGCAGACAAUUGUCCCAACUGGCCUUGAUAAGCAGACAAUUGUCCCAACUGGCCUUGAUAAGCAGACAAUUGUCCCAACUAGCCUUGAUAAGCAGACAAUUGUCCCAACUGGCCUUGAUAAGCAGACAAUUGUCCCAACUGGCCUUGAUAAGCAGACAAUUGUCCCAACUGGCCUUGAUAAGCAGACAAUUGUCCCAACUGGCCUUGAUAAGCAGACAAUUGUCCCAACUGGCCUUGAUAAGCAGACAAUUGUCCCAACUGGCCUUGAUAAGCAGACAGGCCUUAACUCCAAGAGAAAACUCUCGACUGAAGAAGACACAGCUAUGACCAGUAAAAAACCUAAGUUGAGUGAAUCUGUUGAUGACCUGUAAAAAACCUAAGUUGAGUGAAUCUGUUGAUGACCAUACAAGCUAGGUUCUAGCAAGAUGGAGCUUGAUGGCAGUAAUUUUUAUCACAGUUGAAAAUAUUGUUAACCAAAAGUUCAAACUAGGUUCAUUUUGUUUGGCAGUUUAAAGUCAGUCUAACAACUUGAAUGGCUGCCCAAUUUAAGCUUUAGUUCAUUGACUGGUGUUUGAUUUGACAGUAUUAUCAUACUAGAUUCCUGCUACAGGAUUCUGGUCGCAAGUAACUAGAGAAUGUCCUACUAUAGAUAGUACUGUGAUUUUUAUCUAAUCUAGGAGGUACGUGGUACUCUGAAGUUUAUAUUUUUACUUUUUCUGAAAAUUUUUAUUAUGUAGUCCAAUAUAACACAAUAUUUUUGUAAAUGUGUAUGUAACAUAGGAUAAAAAAUUGUACAAAUUGUCCUAUUUCUGAUAUCUUAGCAAUUGACAGGGGAGACAAGUUUAUCAAUAAAACAUAUUAGUGAGUAACCUCCCUUGAAAAACCCAAACCCACUUAUGAAUUGAGACUUGAAACUGUUAAGUUAGUGUUAUCAUAUCAACUGGAGCUAACCCAUACUGGUAACAAAACUGUUUUGUUGGUACAACAGUAGCCUACCUGGUGUCUGCUUGUGAAUCUCAUGCUUGUAACUGUCUUCACUUGAGCUUGGAUUAUGCAAUAAGUAUAUGCAUAUGAAAUGUCCUCAAUUUUUACUAUUCAUAUUUUCAAAUAUUGUUCAGCCUUUUGCUUUUGUUUUCAGAUCAGCUUAUUUUUAUUGCAAGUAUUUUUUCAUUGUUGAGUCACUUUUUGAUUGUUACACUUCUGACAAGAAUCCAAUGUAUGUACACAUAUUAUGUAUCCACUGUGUAGUUAUAUUGUAUUUAUUCCACUUUAUUUGAAUGGAUCAAAAUCUUGAAGAAGUGUUUUUGUAAAAUAAUUAGAAUUAAAUAUUACUUUGAUUAAAUAAUUAAUGUAAAAAAAGUAAGUUAAAAAUCAUUGCUUGAUUUCAGAUCUAUUCUAUGAACAUGAGUUUCUGCAAAUAUGUACCUCCAUUAUUCUCUAUUCUGCUUCAUUGUCUUUCUGCUCAUCUUUUUCUUUAGUGCCAGAUCACUGGAGGCUUGUGUAUAUGUAGCUCAUGCAAUCGUCUGGUUCUUCUCUAGCAGCAACUUUCUGUACUGCCACAGAUCCAUUCCACUCAGUCACAACAUUGGUACCCCACAUACAGGGGAGGGGGGGGGGUUGUAGGUCCCACA